UGGGGGGAGGGAGAAUCUGUACAGGCAGGUUCUAUUAGUACGUAACGCCUGGUCCUUUUGCCGUGCCGCUCAAAGCAAAGCAGCCCCCGGAGUGUUACAAUUUCGCCCUCUCUCUACCCCUCCAGGUCCGCCUCGAAAGUCCCUUUAUCUAUCCCGCUAUUUUCCUAACUCCGACGUCCCCUCCGGGGGUUUCUCCUCGUUCGUGGUGACGACAACGAUUCCUCUUCUCUCCUGAAGGAGGAUGUGGAGGGAGCGCGCCGGAUCCGCCGGAAUACCGGCCGUUGGAGGGGUGGUAGAGCCGGAGCACUACCGCCACCCCUUCAUCCCCUUUUUACGAGAGGUUGAAAUGCCCGCCCAUUGGUCCGCCCAUGUAGGACCAAAGCAGUCACUUCGAAUCAAUUCGACCUACGAUUUCGCCUCGUAGACGGUCCUACACGGCGCUGGCACACUCGCAACCGCGCAUCAUAAGCUUCGACCGCAUUUCGUACACCUAACCUCGUCAAACGUGAUCUAUCGCGUAGAAACGCUCGCUCAUGGACUCUCUCGAUAAUCGACACCUAGUGCGGCUACUGUGUCCUCCGGCAAUUGACGAUUGAAAUUUAUUCGAACAGUUGGAAGAAUCGUUGUUGUUUUCCACUUUCUUUGUGAUUUAUUUUCAUUUUCUUUUUUCGUCGUGUCGGAUUUGGACCGAGAGUGAUUCUGUAAGGAGAGAUUGGUUACAUCGAACAAGGGGGAAGUGACUUGUUGUUGGAAACUGAUAGAUUAGGGAGAUCGUAGUAUUUUAGGGAAAAUCUAAGCGUGUUCGAUGAGGGGGCAUGAGGGGCAAUCGUGAUGAUUAGCGAAUAUCGCAAGAUCGUUAGCAAUAAAGUGGAGUGCGUCACUAGCAGCCGUCAUCCUUGAGAUAGAGUGAGUGGGUGACACGGAGAAGAAGAGUAAAAAGAAAAAUGCUCGUUAUCGUUGUGGAAACAAACUAUUAGCGUAAGAUAACAAUUCGUACGGAGCUCGUGUGUGUGACAGUUGCCUCGCGAAAACAUGUCGAAAGAGAAAUGCUCGCGCGAUUUCGUUCAGUGCUUUUGAAUUUCGACGGACAACCUACAUUUAUACCUCGUUAAAAAAUUUAAGUAGAACAAACGGAAGAAUAUUUCAAGAGAGUGCAGGAAGUACACAUUAGCGCGUACAAAUAUUCACGAAAGCGAACCCUCGUCGGUGAAAUAAGACAAGAACACCAUGAACACGAACAACAACGAGUAUCUUCACCUAUUUCCAAAGAACCAGAGAAACUAAAGUUUCCAAAAGAAAGACAGAAAAAAAUAAGCUUAAAUGUGCCCAUGAAGCGAUCACGAUGGAACCGCGUGGGAUGAUGAUGUCGAACCUGUCGUGCGACGGCUGCGCGGACAGCGACCGCGACUCUGACAGCAGCAGCAUGAUCGUGGACCCGGUGAGUCUGGACAAAAACGACCUGUCACCGUCCCAGUCAUCGUCCAGCCCAAUCAUCCCGAGUUCUCCAGUCCCACAGACCACCGCGUCCUCCAGAAACCGUGGUGGAAGUCGCAGCAAGAAGAACUACUCGAUGAUGUCAGCCAACAGUCAACAAAAGAACAACUCGUCCGGCCAAGCAUCGUCCUAUAACAACGACAAAAUGUCCUCGUCUUUGAUCAAGCCACCUUAUUCGUAUAUAGCUCUCAUUACAAUGGCGAUUCUUCAGUCGCCACAAAAGAAACUGACAUUGAGUGGAAUCUGCGAGUUCAUCAUGUCACGGUUCCCUUAUUACCACGACAAGUUCCCGGCCUGGCAAAACUCUAUCAGACACAAUUUGUCCCUGAACGAUUGUUUCAUUAAGAUACCACGUGAGCCAGGAAAUCCUGGAAAAGGGAAUUACUGGACCCUAGACCCAUUGGCCGAGGACAUGUUCGACAAUGGGAGCUUCUUGCGUCGCAGAAAGAGGUACAAGAGGCCUCCGCCGCAUUAUGUGCUCCGAGACAGGGCGAUUAUGGCGACCUUCGCCAUUUGCGGCGAUCGAGGACCUUGCCCUGGCGGCGGCGGUGGUCAUCCCGGUGCUCUGACCUAUCCAAGCGCCGCGUAUCUGUCUCCGCCACCCGGUCUGCCUCUGCUCGACUUCUCCCCGUCGACCUUGGAAGCUCUGAAGCUUGGCGGCUUCUUGGAACCGCCUCCACCACUGUACAAACCGGUACCGAUCACGGCUCCACCGAUCAGACAAAUCGAUCCCGCGCCAACGAGGACCACCACGAUACCGAGCAGCCAUCCGCCGGCUGACAAGAAGAGGAACUUCAGUAUUGACGCUCUGAUCGGUAAACAGGCGGCAAACGAUCAGAAUUGUGGCGGGCUGUUGGAUCUCAGCCCGUCGGAGCAUAGGGAGAUCAGGAGUCAGGCGUCGGCUUUCUCUCCUCUCGUUUAGAGGAUUUGUUUGAUCGAGUUUUUCGAGAUUCUUUCUGACUGGCACUCUGCAUUGGCCGGAUCUCAGUUAAAUUCUCAGUUUUUCUUGGAGAUUCUGGUUUUCGGAGAAGAUUGCAGUUUUCCAAGGGAGCUUCAAUGGACAGGGAAGGAGAGAUGGUGGAGAAUGUUUUCGACGUUCGUGAUGGAUUUUGGGUGAUGAAGAAGCGGUUACAGACUGUGAAGGUGAAUGGAAGGGAAGAGGAAAAUUUAUAGAAGAGCGUUGGAGAAGCAAAGAAUUUUUCACUUCCGCGUUAUUAUCAGAAAUCAAAAGUAUAUGGAAGAAUAGUGAUACGUACUAUGGAGAGUGAUAAAAUAGCUAGAUACCAAAAGAAGAGAAGCGACGGAACCAAAGAUUUCAACUUCGACAAGUACUUGUGUAAAAAAACAAGAAAAAAAGAACGAGAGAGAGAGAGAGAGAGAGUGAGAGAGAGAGAGAGAGAGAGAGAAGAAGGAACGGACGAAAGAACGAGUCGAAAUAAUUGUAAAAAGGUGUAGUGCAAUAGUGUAGUGGUUUAAGUACGAGAAAAGAUCCCCUUUGGUCGUGUCGAAACGAUUCUUAGCGACUGUACGGCGUCGUCACGAACAAUCGAUUCCUCGCGAAUCGAACUUCAUAAUUUUCCAUCCUCUCUGUUUCAACCCCAUUUAUUUUCACAUAUUUUUUCUUUCCUCCGUGCUCUAUUCUUAGCCGGAGGCUUCUUAAACGAUAGAUUAAUAUCUCGGCACUGUAAAUAUACACACGUACACACGUAUACACACGUAUGCACACAACAGACACAUGCACACGCACAUCCUCGAACAAAUCUUUGCUCAGCUUUCUAUUGUUUGCGCGAGUGUGAGAGAAAAAGAGAGAAUGCGCGAGUGAAAGGGUAGGAGAGGGUGGCAGAGAGCGAUAGAGGGGAGGUCAGUUCUCUUCAUCGGAUUUAAUGUAAAGCUCGGGCCGGGUUUUCGGUCAAGUAGACGUUUUAGUGUACAUAGCGUUGUACGAAAAAAAUAAAAAGAAAUACACACACAUAUAGGGGAUGCUCGCGUUCCGUACUACGAAA